AUGCAGCGGGGUCAGGGCCCCUCGGUCGCCUCGGCGGGGCUGGGGCGGCGGGAGCCAGGCCGGCUUGGCGCGGGUGCCGGCGCACCUCGGCCCCGGUCCGAGGAGCGGCCGCGUCGGCUGGGGGCACCCCCAUGGGCCAGGGGUCGCGGCGUACUCCCGCCGCGCGCCCCGGUCCGGCCCUCGGCUGGCCAAGUGUUCCUUGGGGGUGCCGGCGGCUGUGCCUACCCCGUCCGGCACCGGGUGCCCCUUAUGGGGUGCCUGGAGGUCACCUGCCUGAGAAAAGCCGUGGAGGUGGCAUCGCUGCUGGUGGGGAGACGCUGCUCCGUCCUCCCGCAAGAGCCAUCGGACCGGGACCUGAACUGCCUGCUGGCCUCGCUGGUGCAGCUCCUGGGGGACCCCCACACCCGCACCCUGCCCGGCUUCCAGAGCCUGGUGCAGCGGGAGUGGGUGGCAGCCGGGCACCCCUUUCCUCGCCGACUCGGCCUCCUCCGUCGCGACAGCCCCCGGGAGGAGGCCCCCGUUUUCCUGCUGUUCCUGGACUGCACGUGGCAGUUGGUGCGGCAAUUCCCGGCGGCUUUCGGCUUCACCGAGGCGUACCUCCUGGCCCUCCACGACAGCAGCUUCGCCCCCUACUUCAGCACCUUCCUCUUCAGCUGCCAGCGGCAGCGGGGCCGCGGCAGCCCGCACCGGCCCCACAGCCAGACCUACACGCCGGUGAACGGCUGGCGGGACCCCGCUCCGGGCAUGCCGCCGGCGGGCAGGACGGGCAGCGCUGCCUGCGGGCUGCGCCCCGUCCGGGACGGGGGGGUGGCCCGUGGCCUGCGGCUCGGGACGUGGGUUGAGGCUGAUGCGACGGUGUACGUUGGGGGGCUGGACGAGAAGGUCAGCGAGCCGCUGCUGUGGGAGCUCUUCCUCCAGGCGGGACCGGUGGUCAAUACCCACAUGCCCAAGGAUCGAGUCACGGGCCAGCACCAAGGCUACGGGUUCGUGGAGUUCCUCAGCGAGGAGGACGCGGAUUACGCCAUUAAGAUCAUGAACAUGAUUAAGUUGUACGGGAAGCCGAUCCGAGUGAACAAAGCCUCGGCCCACAACAAAAACCUGGACGUGGGGGCCAACAUCUUCAUCGGCAACCUGGACCCCGAAAUCGAUGAGAAGCUGUUGUACGACACCUUCAGCGCCUUCGGGGUCAUCCUGCAGACGCCCAAGAUCAUGCGAGACCCCGACACGGGCAACUCGAAGGGUUACGCCUUCAUCAACUUCGCCAGCUUCGAUGCCUCGGACGCGGCCAUCGAGGCCAUGAACGGACAGUACCUCUGCAACAGGCCCAUCACCGUUUCCUACGCCUUCAAGAAGGAUUCCAAAGGCGAGCGGCACGGCUCAGCCGCUGAGCGUCUCCUGGCAGCCCAGAACCCGCUCUCGCAGGCGGAUCGGCCCCAUCAGCUGUUCGCCGACGCUCCUCCUCCUCCGUCUGUCCCGACGCCUGUUGUCACCUCCCUGGGACCUGGCGUCACCCCUCCAGGCCUCCCGCCCCCAGGAUCGUUCCCCCCGCCGGUGCCGCCCCCCGGAGCGAUGCCUCCCGGCAUGCCUCCUGCCAUGCCGCCCCCGCCCAUGCCGCCUGGCGCGGGUGCCCCCGGUCCCCCCUCCGGGGCUGCGCCCAGCGGGGGACACCCGCCUCACCCGCACCCCUUCCCUCCGGGCGGGAUGCACCACCCAGGAAUGCCUCCCAUGCAAGUGCACCACGGGCCGCCCGGGAUGGGCCAGCAUCACCCAGGACCACCGGGCUCCGGGGGCCAGCCUCCCCCACGGCCCCCACCUGGCAUGCCACACCCUGGACCCCCACCCAUGGGUAUGCCACCCCGAGGACCUCAUUUCGGGUCGCCCAUGGGUCACCCAGGCCCCACCCCGCACCACGGGAUGCGCGGCCCUCCUCCGCUGAGCCCCCCGGGCCCCGGGGACGCCCGCGAUGGAGUUCGUCGGCACGUGAAAGCUCUCCGCCUCUGCUGGUACCGAUGCCGCCUGUCUGUCUUGGUGGGAAGCGUGCGGCCCUCUGAGCUGCGACGGAGGCGACGGAGAGGUGUGUGGCCGCUACGUCACGGCGAGUGGGAGCAAGCCGCUGCUGAAGGCGGCUGCCUACCAAAAUGCCCUGCAUUGAGAGGCCGAGAUACACAAACCCCUUCUCCUGCCCCGGGCGGCGUCGGACCCUCGCGGGAGGCUGUGCUCAGCAGCGUCUUCAUCCGCUUCCCCAAUCCCGCCUUCUCCCGGCUGCUCCUGGACCAAAAUGCCCUGCAUUGA